CUCGUACGACCAUAAACUAUCAUGACAGUAAACAAUAGCGGAGUUGGAAGGGACCUUGGAGGUCAUCUAGUCCAGUAACCUGCUAACGCAGGAGACCUGUACUAGGGAUUCGAACGGACGAACUGCCGACCGGGAAAAGGAGAUCCCCUGCCGCUAGGGCGGGACAGCUCUCACAAUGAACGUCCAUGCGAAUUCGACGGAUGUUUGUUUAUUUGGCGGGCGGUAGGUGGGACUUCCGUUCCCUUUCACAGGAAGUCUCGAGGCAUCGCUGCAAAAGCUUUACCAGCUCCCGUCGCGAUGAUUGGACAAGUCGACCUUUUAGACCCCCCCCCCUCGAUGUGACGUCCUCCGGCGGGGCCUGUCGGGAGUCGUAGUUUCUCCGGCUGGAGCACGUGCCCCCAAGGAUAAGCAUGAACGGGAAGCCGAAGCGGCGGCCGGCCCUGCCGGGAUCGGCCGCGAAGAAGCGCGUAAAGCGGCAGAUUUGCGUGGAGUUCUCUGCCGCCCUGAAGGAGCCGGCCUUGAAGGAGAAAGUGGCCGCAGCUUGGGCCAGCCAGGAGCCGCUUCAGCAUGUCAGAUGACCUAAAGAAGAGAGGAGGGCCCCACGUAGCAGCAUUAAGAAAAAUUCUUUUUGAAGAAUUCCGGUCUUGGCUUUCUGACGUGAUCCAGGUAGAGCUGGAACCAACCAUUGAUCUGUCUUGUGCUAAAUAUGAAUAUACAGAUACCCUGCUGUGUCAUGAUGAUGAGCUGGAGGGGCGGCGAAUCGCAUUCAUCCUUUAUCUUGUACCCCCCUGGCAUAAGCACGAUGGGGGCACUUUGGAUCUCUUCUGUACAGAUGAUCAUUUCCAGCCUUUGCAGAUUGUCAAGUCUUUGGUCCCUUCCUGGAACUCGCUGGCUUUCUUUGAAGUAUCACCAGUCUCCUUCCACCAGGUGUCUGAAGUCAUUUCCAGAGAGAAAUGCCGCCUGUCGGUGAGCGGCUGGUUUCACGGCCCCUCGGUUGCGAGGCCGCCACGUCAUAUCGAGCCACGGAUUCCACGAAGCCCCCAUAUCCCCCGUGAUGUAAGCUGCUUGCUACCUGCAGCAUUGUGGCGUCGUUCUACAAGACUUUUGAUUCUUGCUCUGGCCUACCAAGGAGAAACUUUAACAUUUAAAAAGGCCAUUGUUUCUGCCUUUGCUUUCAUAGACAAGUAUGAGCUGGUUUGCAAAGCUCUGGAGAUGGAAGGACUCACCUGGAGCAGCAGAGGGCCUCCCAACAAAAGGCAUUACGAGAAAGCAGAGGAGAAAAGCUUGCCAGCCACUUUAAGAGAGUGCUUGGAGCUCUUGCGGUCCGAGGCCUUGUUCUUGCUCCUUUCCAAUUUCACGGGCCUGAAACUGCAUUUUCUAGCCCCAGAGGACGAAGAGGAAGGAGGGGGAGAGACUUCUGAAAGCUCACAAGGACCCAGCAGUCAAGAGGAAGCUGGCAAUGUCGACUGUACCGAGGCACCAGGGAGCAUCCCCGAAAAUGAGGAAAACCAAGAGAAUGGCGUCCCACUUUGCGCUGGAGAACUGAGACGCUGGAGGAAAGGGUGCUACACACUGAUCCACGAUGCCGAAAGGGCAGAGUUCGCCCUGGAUCUGCUGCUCUUCUGUGGGGGAGAAGAUUGGGACGUCGAAUCGGGAGGCUUCACUUCCUACAUUGCAAAAGGUGAAGAUGAAGAGCUGCUGACGGUGAAUCCAGAGGCCAAUUGCUUGGCUUUAAUUUACAGAGAUCGAGAGACACUGAAAUUCGUGAAGUACAUUAAUCAGCGUAGUUUGGAGCAGGCACCGGAUCCGAAAGAAUUCUGGGAUUUCUCCUUUGUUUACUAUGAAUGAGAGUUGGUGCCAGCCAGUGACGGCGAGUCAUUUCUCCGAGUUCAUUGCUCAAAAGGACAGGGUUGUUUUUUUUCCUUACCAAAAAAGAUCCUGUUGCACACACUGCUUUAUUCUGAUGCUCCUGCAAA